UAUCUCAUCUCUUAUCUAUUAUGAUGACAUAGCUUUAUACUCAACAAAACUUGAAUCUUUACUGUGAAACCUCUUAUUUGAGGUAAUUCUACCUCACAAAGAUUUUUAACCCCUUCCCAACGAGAAAACAUCAAAUCCUCCAUGAAUGGAUGAAGAGGAAAUCAUGAGCACGAACUUCUGUAAGCAGGCAUCAGGCAUCUUGUAUUUGAUGGACAAUGCAUAUAAAACCUUUUCUCAACUAGACUUCAAGGCAUAUGGGUGCGCAUUACAGGAUUGCGCAAGUAGCAAAGCUCUUACUCGAGGCAAGCAAUUUCAUGCAAAUUUAAUAAAAAAUGGAUAUGAGUCGGUGGCUUCAUUUUUGAACACGAACCUUCUUAACAUGUACGCCAAAUGCCAUGAUACAGACCUUGCACGCAAAGUGUUUGACAAAAUGGCCGAACGAAGUGUCGUAUCGUGGACUGCUAUGAUUGCAGGGUAUGUUCAAAACGGGGAUUGUUGGGAAUGUUUAAAACUUUUUUCUCGAAUGCGAAGGCAAGAGCAAUUUUAUAAACCAAACGAAUUCACGUUUCCUUGCGUGCUCAAGGCAUGUGCGGGUCUAGGUAGAGAUGGUCUGUCGCUCGGGAAACAGGUACAUUCUUGCAUUGUCCAAAUUGGGUUUGAUUCUGAUGUUUUUACUGGCAGUGCCCUUCUGGAUAUGUAUGCAAAAUGUGGGGUAAGGAAUGAUGCGCUUCAAAUGUUUGAUGAAAUGCCUGGGCGAAAUAUCGUCUCAUGGAAUGCCAUGAUUACAGGAUGUGUUAUCAAUGGUUGUGGUGAGGAAGGUUUUAAGAUCUUCCAGAAGUUGAGAGGAACCGAUGUUAAACCAAAUUAUGUUACUUUUUGUAGCCUGCUUUAUGCAUGCGUCCAGGCAUCCUCACUCGAACAGGGGAAGCAAGUACAUGGGCACCUUGUGAAGAGUGGAUUCGAUUCGGAAGUGACUGUGGGUAAUGGACUGGUAGAUCUGUAUGGGAAAUUAAAUCAUGUUGAGGAUGCACGCAAAUUAUUUGACAGCAUGCCUGAACGAAAUGUGGUUUCCUGGAGUACCAUGAUUGCAGGAUAUGUUCAAAAUGGAUACAGUGGAGAGGCACUAAGUAUCUUCUCACAACUGCAUCGAGAGGGAAGUGAGGCAACUGAGCAUACAAGUUCAAGUGUUCUAAAGGCAUGUGCAGUUUUAGCCAGUUUGGAGCAGGGGAAACAGGUUCAUACGCACAUUAUCAAAAUGAGAACAGUGUCGAAUGUUUACAUAGGAAGUGCACUCGUGGAUAUGUAUGGGAAAAGUGGAAGCAUAGAUGAUGCAUGCCAAGUUUUUGACAGAAUGCCCGAGAGAAAUCUGGUAUCAUGGAAUGCAAUGAUUUCAGCGUGUUCACAGCAUGGUCAUGCGGAGAAGGCGAUCCAGCUCUUUGAACAGAUGCAAUGUGCUGGGUAUCAACCAAACUACAUCACAUUGCUUUGUGUGCUAUCUGCCUGCAGUCAUGCAGGUUUAGUGGGAAAAGGUCUUUCUUAUUUCAAUGCCAUGAGUACAGAUUAUGGCAUAAUGCCAGAACCAGAACACUAUGCGUGCAUAAUUGACCUUCUUGGCCGAGCUGGCCUUCUGGAUGAAGCUUUGGAAUUUAUGAAAGGAAUUCCAUUAGAACCUACUCCUUCUAUGUGGGGUGCCUUGCUUGGUGCUUCUAGAGUUCAUGGCAACAUGGUUUUAGCAAAACAAGCAGCAGAACGCCUUUUUGAGUUGGAUCCCGGAGACUCUGGAACACAUGUGUUGCUGUCAAACAUCUAUGCUGCUAGUGGCAGGUGGGAUGAUGUAGCAAAAGUGAGGAAUGCAAUGAAGAAUAUAGGGAUGAAAAAGGAGCCAGGAUGUAGCUGGGUUGGGGAUAAGAAUAAAGUGCACGAAUUUCAUUCGAAUGAUAAAACACACCCAUUGACAGAAGAGAUCUAUUCAUUGCUGGAGAAAUUGAGUGGUCAAAUGAAGGAAUCAGGGUAUGUGCCAGAUACAAAUUUUGUGCUCCUUGAUGUGGACGACCAGCAAAAGGAACAAUUUCUUUCUUACCACUGUGAGAAACUAGCUCUUGCAUUUGGGCUUAUCUCCAUACCAUUUGGGUUACCUAUCCGAAUCACUAAAAACCUUCGUAUAUGCGGUGAUUGCCAUACUUUCAUCAAAUUUAGCUCUGGUAUUGUUGGAAGAGAAAUAGUCGUGAGAGACACUAACCGCUUCCAUCGUUUCAAGGAUAACCUUUGCUCUUGUGGGGAUUACUGGUGAUGUAAAAGAACAACGGAUAUCAUAUUGCGGUUGGUCCUGCCUGGAUUAUGCAGACAUUUUCCUAGUAUAUUACCAGCAAGAUUGGAAACUCACGGUGCCACUUAUUAUAUUUUCCAAAGUUGAACAUGCAUCCAUGUAUCUAUGUUCUCAUUGAUGCAUGCUUAUGUACCAUAUCAUCAUGAGGUACUCCGUUGUUCGAGGCUAUCAGCAAAUCCUGUAAAACCACGAAAGGCAACAGGAAUUGUGCUCCUCAUUGUGCAGGGUUUGUCCUUGGUUACUUUUCUCAGAAUAUAAGUCAAAUAGGAGUCGCAACUUAUAUGCUGGAUGCCUAGUGAAACAAGAGCCGCAAGGGAAAUGCUAGUUGCUAAUUUAUUCUGUACUCAAAAUCCCUAAUUCUUGCCAUCUGCAAAGCCUGAUUCACUGUGUUGCCUGGCUAGGUUUGAACUUUGAACAUGGUGAGGUUAGUGCUUGCUUUCUAUUCAAGCCUAUGAUGAUACAUUUUUUUGCAAGGAGAUUGAUGUGUAUGAAAUACAGUUUGGAAAUUGCAUAGUUGUUUUUAUAAACUUUUAGAUUCUACAUAGGGACUAGCACCCAGCACUGACAAGCAAGUCAUCAUAGAAUCAUAUGACAAUUACUUUUCUGUUGAGAAUGUGAAGUCCAACAGUCAUCUGUCUUUCCUUUCCUUCCUCUCUUCAUUUGCUUGCUGUCUCUUCAUAUUGGAAGAGUUAAAAACACUUACGAAAUGAUGAGAAGAAAUUGUGAAUUAUUUUAACAGUGAAUAGAAGAUAUUGCCUUGCUUUCCCA